AUGUUCCAAGAGCUGUUUGCAGUCACUCAGGCGCUCUCUGGCCCUGCCAGCACGAAGAUGCUAUACUGCAUUAACCUCAACCGGAAUGGUUUCUUAUCCGCGCUUUCAGCUUUCCUGCUGUGGUCGCUUCCCGGUGCCAUAGGAAUGUACGCCUUAUCGCUUGGUAUAUCCAACAUUGGUGACGUACUUCCUGCUCCAGUCUAUGCCCUUCUCUCUGGUCUUAAUGCUGCUACUGUGGGCGUGAUUGCACUUGCCGCAGUCCAACUAUCACAGAAGGCCAUAACGGAUAAGAUCACGAGGAUAUUGGUAUUUUUGGGAGCCACGGCGGGAAUGCUUUACAACGCACUAUGGUUUUUCCCUGUGUUGAUCUUCCUGGCUGGCCCUGUGACAAUCAUCUGGGACUUUCGGUGGCUGCAUGCUUUGAUCAAGAAGGUUUCAGGAACAGUGCAAAGGAUGAGACGGAGACACCAUAGCGACGAAGUUGAGAUGAAUACCGCAGACCACUCACCAGCGAACCAGCCUCGUGGGGGAAACCUAGAGAAUCCCUUUCCCGGACGAGCAACUGGAGAGUCAGACAUUUCCACGCCAUUCAGCGAUGUUCGACGCGUCUCAGAUGGUAGGCAAGAUUCAAGAGUCAUCCCUGCGGGCAGAGAAUUGAACGUUUCUUGGAAAUUUGGUACCAUUCUCAUAGCAGCUUUUUUCGCGACGUUCACUAUCAUCAUGGUGCUGCGAGGAGUACUAAGACAUCGGCCACUCCUGUUCAGUCUUUUUUCCAACAUGUACCUUGCGGGAACUAUUAUAUUUGGCGGGGGCCCUGUGGUCAUUCCACUUCUUCGACAGUACAUUGUGACGGAAGGCUGGGUUUCAUCCCGGGAUUUUCUUUUGGGAUUGGCUAUUAUACAGUCUUUCCCAGGACCCAACUUCAACUUUGCCGUGUAUUUAGGCUCGCUGACCGCUAUCAAUGCGUCGCUUCCUAGUGCGGCAGGCGCUCUUAUCGCCUUCGUCGGCAUCUUUGCGCCCGGGUUAAUCCUUGUGCACGGCACCAUGGGACUUUGGAGGGCACUUCGCACUCGCCGAUGGGUCAAGGCCGGCUUGCGUGGUGUAAACGCCGCCGCGGUCGGGUUAAUUUAUACUGCCAUCUACAGGCUUUGGGAAAUUGGUUAUAUAGACGAAGAGUUUACAAGCGGCUCGAGCUUGGGACGAGAUCCCUGGUGGGUGGUUGUGACGGCGACGAGCUAUGUCGGUGGAUGCUGGUUUGGACUCCCUGUUCCACUGGCGAUACUGCUUGGGGGCGUCAUGGGGCUCAUUCGGUAUGGCGUUACCUCUGGCUAA